GCAGGCCACCAUUUUGCCGUUUAGUGUAGUGUUGGUGCUCUUUUUUUCCCGGCUUGGGGAGGCCAAUCAUUGAAAACCCGCUGAAGACGGGGAGAGCAAAGGAAGCCCGUUCGGGAGUUCGGCACGUAACGCGCACUGCACCGCAACCAGCCCGGGGAAAGUCGUAGAGAGGGGAGAAACACCGUGACCGGGGCAGAUAUGGCUAAUAUCGCAGCACAGAGAAUCAAGAGGGAGUUCAAAGAGGUGCUGAAAAGCGAGGAGACCAGCAAAAACCAAAUCAAAGUCGACCUGGUGGAUGAGAAUUUCUCUGAGCUGAGAGGGGAAAUCGCCGGCCCGCCGGACACGCCGUACGAAGGUGGACGAUAUCAGCUAGAAAUAAAAAUUCCAGAAACCUAUCCAUUUAACCCUCCCAAGGUGCGGUUUAUCACCAAAAUCUGGCAUCCAAAUAUCAGUUCCGUUACAGGAGCCAUAUGCCUGGACAUAUUGAAAGACCAAUGGGCCGCAGCCAUGACUUUACGAACGGUGUUGUUGUCGUUGCAAGCCUUGCUGGCUGCCGCAGAACCGGAUGAUCCGCAGGAUGCGGUGGUGGCAAACCAGUAUAAACAGAAUCCAGAAAUGUUUAAACAGACCGCUCGGCUGUGGGCACACGUCUACGCAGGAGCACCAGUUACUAGCCCGGAAUAUACAAAGAAAAUAGAAAACCUUUGCGCCAUGGGCUUCGAUAGGAAUGCAGUAAUAGCAGCCUUGUCAUCUAAAGCAUGGGACGUAGAAACUGCAACAGAACUACUCCUGAGUAACUGAGGCAGCUGCUCCCGGACCCCCGCGCGCCCCUCGCCGAACAGCACGUCAUCUGUUAUUUUUUAGGAUUCUGCAUAGGUUCUGUUAUUAAAAAAAAAGAAAAGGGGAAAAAAAUACGGCACUCCUACGUGACAAUGCUACUUAGUACCGGAGACUGACGGGAAGAACACCGCUCUGUAAAUACGGCUAUUAAACAUGUAAAUUAAAUAACAAAAUAAAGGGGGGCAUGAUUUUUUUUUUCUUAAAUAUCGUGAAGAGCAAACCUUGGCACCGAAGCCAUUGGAGAGCGUGCGUUUGUGCUUUACGCUGUGGCCAAGAACUUGGGGAAAAUUCUUCCGUUUUUGGUUUUCUAGUACCAGUCCCUUUGCUGGGGGGGAAUCUUGUCCACCUUUCCCUGCAGCAAAGUGGGGGUUUUCUUUUAGGAGUCGCAGAAUUUUGCCAGUCCUUACAUUACAGUUAUUACCAACCAUCUUUUGUGCCUGUGGACUUGUAUGCAUGUACACAAUGGAUUCAGACCGUUCACCCGAACAGUCCCACAGUAGUAUUUUCGGUAUGGCGUGUUUAUAACAUGAAUUCAUUUUUCAGCUUUUUUCUUUUGUGGGAUGGGUAUAAGUGGGUUUACGCCAACGUUCCUAGGUAUCCAUAACGCCACAAUACAAACUCCUUUUUAAAGGUUCCAUGGAAAGUCCGUGGCCGUAGCUAGAGAAGAGACUUCAAGAUUUUAACGGAAUGAGCCAAUCAAUGAGAAAGCAAAUUUCAUCCAAACGACCCGCGUCACAAUCUAUAACCAUGUCGCUCAUGUCAGGCACCAAAUAUUGUCACGUUUCUGGCAACACUAGCACUUCAGGAGUAUGAAUUGCUGUUACUAAGCACUUUGAAUCAGCCCGUUAUUUAAAUCCAAAUUGUAGAGUUUCUUCUUUAAUAAACCAUUAUUUGAAUACCGA